UGUCUGGGAAAUGUUUGGGGAGUAUUCUCUUUGUAUGCACUGGAUACGUUGCCUGAAUGCUGGGUCGCUGACACGUGAACAUGGACGAACAAAAGGAUGAUCAGAUUGACCAAGAUGACAGCACUAACAACUCUGAAAAGAAGCAGUCACUUACAGCCUGCCUGUUGUGUGCCGCCUUCUUUGGCUCCCUGGGCUCAUCUUUCCUUUAUGGCUACAACCUCUCUGUGGUCAACGCUCCUGCUCUGUACAUUAAAGCUUUCUACAAUAAGACAUGGAUUGAGAGAUAUGGGGAGCCUAUUUCAGCGGAGACGGUGACCCUCCUCUGGUCCGUCACAGUGUCCAUAUUUUCUAUUGGAGGCCUUUUUGGAGCCCUGUCUGCCACGUUAAUCAUCAAAGUACUGGGCAGAAAGGGGACCUUGCUGCUGAAUAACAGCUUUGCUGUAAUAGCUGCUGUGCUUCUGUCUCUGGGUGAAAUGUCAAGAUCUUUUGAGAUGCUCAUCAUUGGACGACUCAUUAUGGGGGAGUCCACCUGGAUUUACCUGUUUUCCUUCCUUGCGUUGCCCGCAAUGCUGCAGCUGUGUGUGCUGCCCUUCCUCCCUGAGAGUCCUCGCUACCUGCUGAUGGAGAGGAGGGAUGAGGCUGGAGCGGAAAAAGCCUUUCAGAGGUUUUUGGGAAAGAAGGAUGUUUCCCAGGAGCUGGAAGAGGUCCACAUGGAGGCUCGAGCUCAGGACAAACUACACACCGUCUCUGUGUUACAGCUGCUGAAGAGCCCAGCUGUUCGCUGGCAGCUCAUAACUGUCAUCAUCACCAUGGCCUGCUAUCAGCUCUGUGGCCUCAAUGCAAUCUGGUAUUAUACCAAUGGGAUUCUUCGUGAAGCAGGCUUUACUGAGAGCAUACUUCCCUACAUCACACUGAGCACAGGUGCCAUAGAGACUCUGGCUGCCAUCAUCUCAGGCUUGGUGAUAGAACGAAUUGGCAGGAAGCCCCUUCUCAUAUUUGGUUUCUUUUCCAUGGCCGUGUUCUUCAGCCUACUCACAGUUUUUCUUAAUUUCCAGGAUAGAGUGUCAUGGAUGCCGUACCUCAGUUACGUCUGCAUACUCGCUGUGAUUGCCUCCUUUUGCUCUGGACCAGGUGGCAUCCCCUUUAUCCUGACCGGGGAACUGUUUGAACAGUCUUAUCGACCUGCUGCCUUCAUGAUCGCUGGCACAGUAAACUGGCUAUCUAACUUUGCCGUGGGCCUCCUUUUUCCAUUUAUUCAAGAGACGCUGCAGUCCUUUUCCUUCCUUGUGUUUGUGGCAGUCUGCAUUCUGGGAUCCAUAUACCUCUAUGUCGUCCUCCCGGAAACCAAAAAUAAAACCUUUAUGGACAUCAGCCAGAGCUUUGCCAAGAUUAAUAAAAUGCCCAUCCCCUCGCCUGGUCAGGAAAUGGAGCUGGUUCUGUCUAUUAACUCUGACACGAAUGGAAAAGCCCAAGAUGCCACUAAGACGCAAACGUCCUUGUAAAUGAAGGAAUGAAGCACAGUCAUAAUCGAGAAGCCAU